UUUGUUAAUAGAAAGCUAGUUAAGCCUCCAGCUUCCUAUGUAUUGUCCAAAGACCAAGCAAUGGAGGUCUGCGAGUGGGUGAAAGGGUUAAGACUGCCUGAUGGAUAUGCUUCAAACAUAUCGAAGUGUGUUAACCUGGAUGAUUAUAAGUUUUACGGGUUAAAAAGUCACGAUUGUCAUGUUUUCAUGCUGAGAUUGCUUCCAAUUGCAUUCCGUGAAGUAUUGCCAGCACCAGUGUGGGAUGCAUUGACAGAAUUAAGCUGUUACUUUAGAGAUUUAUGCAGCACAACUUUGCGUGUCCAAGAUAUGGAGGUUCUUGAGAAAAAUAUUGUGGUAACUCUCUGCAAACUUGAGAAGAUAUUCCCUCCUGCAUUUUUUGACUCAAUGGAGCACUUACCUGUUCAUCUAGCUUAUGAAGCUAAGGUUGGGGGGCCCGUGCAGUACAGAUGGAUGUACCCCUUUGAAAGGCUUAUGCAUGAUAUAAAGCAGAAGGUAAAGAAUCGAGCAUCGAUUGAAGGUUCUAUUGUCGAGGCUUACAUUAUAGAAGAAAUAUCAACUUUCUGUUCGCAUUAUUUUGAGCCUUCUAUACAAACGAGGUUAAAUCAAGUUCCCCGUAAUGAAAAUGAAGGGGAGUUUGAUCUCGUGGAUCGUCUAUCCAUUUUUACUCAUCAAGGUCGACCUUUUGGAAAACCUUCUGCAAGGCAUUUGACUACUCAGGAGUUUAAUGCUGCUGAGUUAUAUGUUCUUCUUAAUUGUGUAGAGGUUCAACCUUUUGGAAAGUAAGUUACACAAGUACUUAAUUAUAAUCAUGCUUAAAAAUGCAUAUGGAGUACAAUAUAUGUGAUUAUAGCUUUUGUCUUGUAGGUAUUUUGAUGAUUAUAUCCGUCAAUCUUGUCCAAAUAUAAGCCAAAUUGAUUUGGAAAGACGACGCGAAAUGGAGUUUCCGGCUUGGUUUAGAUCAUAUGUGAGCUGUAAAUUCAUAAAUAUAAUAAUAAAUUAGACUUUCACUUGAUUUAUUCUUACGAUAUUAUUUUUAUCAUGCUAGGUUAAUGACAGUAAAAAUCAUGUUGAUGGGCGCUUAAAGGACCUA